GAAGUUGUUCAACAUCAACUUGAGCUUCACUAAAAUACAAACUAGCCAAAAAUACAAGCACGAAAACUAUAGAUCUUUUAUAUUUCAUUUUACCCCACAUUUUCUACUUUAUUUCAAUUGAAUCUAAUUAGUGUUGGAUCUCGAAAGUAAUGUACUUCAAUUUAAAAAGGCAAACAUUCACUAAUCACUGCAUUAUUAUCUUACGUAGUUAAUUGUUUAAUAUUAGGAUUAGAUAAAUAAUUUUUUCAGUCUAUCGAGUUGUAGUUAUUCAGCAUUUAUUUGUCUAAUUAAAUGCUAAAUAAGCUGAAAACCAUCUCAGAAAAUUUUUAUUAUUUCUGUGGUGUGAAAAACUUUUGAGCGAGGUGAAAUUAUAACCUUCAAAUUAAAACGUCACAAAAAAAAAUACACAAGUACAAAUCAAACGUCAUCAGAUGGUGCAUUCAGUGGACGUACUUUUUUUGUACUUCUAUUACAUAAUAAUAUUUAUAAUAGCGAAUUCUAUUGGUAGAACCAGUGCAGAAAAAAAUGCAUUUUUAUCUCUUUUUUAUACAGGCUAACAAACAAAGACAACCUUUCCAAUAGAACUCGCUAUUAGUUACCCUGCGUUUUUAUUCUCAUCAAAUUUUACCGAUGGAUCCACCAUUCUAUGUCGGUCAUUGUCAUUUUCCAUUCACUAAACAAAGAUAGCUUACUCAUCGGUGAAUUCAUCGAUGAGAAUAAAAACGAGGGGUUACGCUCAUUGAAUGUAUGUAUUUAUGUGUCACUGUCAGUGUCAGAGAUAGUACACGUACAUAACCUAUAUUAUUUUGUUGUUUUAAAUUUCUCAAUUUUUAUGUUAAUCCAAACUCGAAUUAUUAUUUAUUAUUGUAGUCCUUUUAACUGUUUUUCAUUGUAACAUUAAAUUAGUACAUAUAAGAACAAUGUCCUUUACUUCCUUAAUAAAAGUUCCUCAAUCGAACAAAAUUUGUUCAGCUUCUGUGAUAUUUUUGCACGGUUCAGGUGACACCGGUCAAGCGUUCCUUAAUUGGAUCAAAUUUUUAAUUGGUGACGUUGUUUCGCCACAUAUUAGCUUUUAUUUUCCUACAGCCCCUCUGAGACCUUAUACACCAUUAGGAGGAGAACUAAGUUAUGUAUGGUUUGAUCGCUACGAUAUAACACCAGAAGCUCCUGAACACAUUGAAACCCUACAAGAAAUAGGAGCAAACCUAAAAUCUCUUGUAAACGAUAUUGUCAAUACUGGAGUGCCUUUAAAUAGAAUUAUGAUAGGAGGUUUUUCAAUGGGAGGUGCUUUGGCACUUCACUCUGCAUAUAGGUUCACUCCUGGACUAGCAGGGACUUUUGCACUAUCUUCGUUUUUAAAUAAAAACUCCCUAGUUUACUCUGAAUUAAAAAGUGAAACUACUCCACUUUAUAUGGCGCAUGGAGAAAAAGAUACAAUGGUACCAAUUUCCUGGGGUAAAAAAACCUAUGACGAACUAACAAAGCUUAAUGUGAAAGGAGAAUUUGUACCUCUAGUUUAUACAUUGCAUGAAUUGAAGAAAAGUGAACUGAAUGGGUUGUUUAAGUGGAUUGAAAAGAGAUUACCUCCAUUGGAAACUGAUAUACAGCCUCUAUUAAAAACUGAUAUACAAUAAGAGGAUUAAGUUUAUGGUUGUAGGAAACUGUGCUGGAUUAUACAAGACGAUAUUUUACUUAUUAUUAUACUUUAUGUAAGAAGAGUAGAAUAAAAAUAAAUAUUUUAAUUAAAGUAAUUUUAUUGUUUAAACACAUAAGAAAAAAAUUUAACCUACAAAAUCCCCAAUGACUUUUCAAUCACAGCAUGAGGUUGUCCUGCUACCUCGGCAAAUUCUCCAGUAUUAAAAACAUCUUCAGGACUUAUUUCCAAAUCUCUCCCAGUCAAAGACUCUAGCAUUACAUUGGAAGACUUCAAAAAAGGCAAAUGCCCGAUUUUCCUUGCCGCCUUCAAUUCCAUGGCUAUUUUUAAGGGGGCGUGCAGGCCUUGGAUGUUGCGCAGCACCUGCAUGUUCAUUUUGUCUGUAUUUUGACGGUACUACAAGACAAGGGGUUAGUUUUGUUUGCUAUAUUGGUUGAUAAUUGUUUUACGUUUAGUUCGGAUUGGGCUAGAGGGUGGACGUUGUCCAGAGCAUCACGGGCAGAGCUUAGGCCUGUUUUUAGUAGUUCUGGCACCCCAUAUUCGCCCUCAGGCAUUCCAUAUUCGGCGGCGUGUUGGGGUUUGGCUUUUAUUGAAGGUAAUCCAAAACUCUAAAGAGAUAUAAAUAG